AUGGCUCCCGUCUGCGAAGCUUCCCAUCUUCCCAGACGGCCUCUUGCUCGCUUCCAGGCUACUUGACAUCCCACUGCACCUUUCGCAACCACCCUGCUAAUCACCAUGUCCUCUGCCAAUUAUAUGUCUCCCUCUUCCUCGACAACGCCAACAUGGCAUCAGUUCGAACGGAAGGUCGAGGAGGUCAAACCAUGCAAGACUGAUAUUAACUACUUGGUUAUGGAUUACCUCAUCACCAAUGGCUAUCCUGCGGCUGCGAAGAAAUUCUCGGUCGAGGCAAACAUCCAACCCAGAGCAGAUAUCGAGUCGAUUCAGGAAAGAGUUGAGAUUCGUACUGCGAUUCAUGCUGGGAAUAUUCAAGCUGCCAUUGAGAAGAUCAAUGAGCUCAACCCUCAGAUCCUGGAUGAAAAUCCGCCUUUGCAUUUCGCCUUGCUGCGGCUGCAACUUGUGGAGUUGAUUCGCUCAUGCACCACAACCCCUGAUGGAGACAUCAGUCCUGCCCUCGAGUUCGCGACCUCGCAACUUGCACCCCGGGCGCCCACCAACCCUCAGUUCCUCGAAGACCUCGAGCGAACCCUUGCACUCUUGAUCUUCCCGGCGGAUAAUCUCUCUCCGUCCCUUGCCCCUCUACUGCACCCCGACCUUCGUAAAGACAUCGCCAACCGUGUCAAUGAAGCCAUCCUGCUGAACCAGGGUGCUCGUAAAGAGGCCCGACUACGCAACUUGGUUAAAUUGCGCUCGUGGGCUGAGCAGAAAGCCCGGGAGGCCAAAAAGGACAUACCCGAGAAGCUGGACCUCGGAUUUGGUGAUAACAACGCCAACGCCAUCCAUAACAGUAAUUCCCUACUCGGCAUGACCCGCGCCAGCCACAAUGGCCCUAACGACACUGUAAUGACCAAUAAUGGGGACAUCGACCGAAUGAUCUCAUAGCUUCCACCAUUCGAUAAGCGAUCAUCUCCACAUAUUAAUACCUUUCGAUAUCACGACCUGUGAAUGUUUUUUGUUCAUUUUUCGAUCCAGCAUGGCGUUUGGGAGCGCACGGCUCAGUGAUUACAUCACAUUGCACUCUGCACAUUGCACCUUUGUACAACUCACGUGGUCAAUACAAGCAGCGCUCUUACUGUAUCCGUUCUUAGUUGGUUCCUCUGUAGCUACUGGUCCUUCUAUGCUGUCACAGCGCAAGCUUUUGACGGGACCAAACCCAGUUAACUCAAUGGGAUCCCUUUCCGGGUUCAUCACGGU